AGUCUGGACUGCAAGGUUUGUUCAGUGUUAGUGGCCGCUAAUGAACUUCAUUACCCAUAAACCCAAGGUGGCAGGAAACAUGAAAUAUGACGUUUAGCUUGGACAACCCAAACACGCUAACCAAGCAAAUAUGCAGAUAAAACAUGCUAAGUAGCCCCAGCUACUUAUGUACUGAAGUCAACCAUGUUGCCUGGAUUACUGCAAGGCAUUGAGACUGGAGGGCUUCUUAUAAUACAAGACUCCAGUAAUUACUCAGGACGAGACCUUCUGAAGAGCUUCAUCACUGCUGCCUUAAACAGGGAGGAGGUCGUACAUGUCCUUUGUUUUGAUGUGAGCGAAGAGGAGCUAAGGGAUAGAUUGAAACCAUUGGACACGCAGAGGUUGCAUAUUCACGAUGCUUAUUCGGACCCUCUGGGAUGGACCGCUCACCCAGCUUUUACAGUUCAACAGUUCAAUUCCAAGGAUCUCACAGACUUGAUUAGACAAACCUCACAGCAGAGGCCAGCUACGCUCGUCAUCGACUCUUUGUCGUGGAUAUUGAGGCAUGCGACUGCUCCUGCUGUCUGCAGGACACUUCAGCAACUCAGAAAAGGGGGAGCUGUGAGAGCUAUUAUCGGCCUGCUCCAUACAGAUAUGCAUCAGAGGGGCACUGUGGGGAGCGUCUGCCACUUGGCAACUUCUCUCAUCUCUGUGGCACCUGGAGUGAAGGGAAAUGAAGCAGUGGCAAGAAUAACAAAGCGCUCCAAAUCAGGGAAAGUUAUGCAAGAUGAGGAGAUUUUUUGCAUCACAGAGGACCUCGCAGUCACGGUUCUGAGCACGUCCUGUCAUCCUGAACCGAAGCCGACUAACACAGAGGAAGAGCAGGCGGACCCAACAGCUAACUUGACCUUUAACCUCCGACUGUCUGAUUCAGAGUUAGAGGCCAAGCAGAAACUCACACUUCCUUUCGUCUUCAGCAAAGAGAAGAAAACAGCUCUGCUCCAUCCAGGUCCAGGUUCUGGGCGAAUUCUGUAUGAGCCUGAUGCAAAUGAUGAUUACGACCAGGAGGACCCCGAUGAUGAUCUUGAUAUCUAGUGUUCAGGCAUGAUGGACUGUGCUGCUGAAACUGAAAAACUUUGCAGCUGGGCUGUUGUUUCCUUUGUUUCCGUUUAUGUAGUACGGAGAAUGUAGGAUGCAAAGCCACACAACUUCUAAUUUUCUACAACAUGUCUUCAUUCUUUAUGAAAUAAAAAUAAAUAGGUCUCUUUCUUAAAUUUGCACUUCAUUUUUUAUGUUUGGGUUUUCAAAACAAUAAAACAACUGAUAAAAU